AAUGGAUGAUGGCCUUCAUUGACAAGUAGCAAGUGCACUAACUUGGAUCUUCACCAAUCUAUAACCAUCCUCCAAGGCUGUAGUUUGUUUUGGAUUAAAAUUUGGCGCCAAAGUCGACACGCUCUUUCGAUAAAUAAUUUAUACAUGGUAUUCCUGUUAAGAUAUUAAAUGAUAUUACUCGAUCUGGACUGAGAUUAAAAUUCCUUUCGAACUACGUUUUUCACUUGGGUCUUCAGAUGUCUUGGGAUAAAAUAGAUCAUAUGUUAUUGAAAUUUAAUUUCACCUUCACGUGGAAUUAUGGUGGCGAUGGUGAACUACGAUCGUUGUUACCCGACGUGUUUCGUGUUUUAGACGAAGACGAUGAAAGAUCUCUUGAGCAGCUUUUGAUUGGCUGUGUGCAUCAGGCAAACCCUGGCUUGACACUGUGUCAGCCCAAGGAUAAUCCUGAUAUCCCGUAUGAAAUGAAGUUCAUUGUUCAUCCACCUCACGAGUCUUUCUGCAUCACAAAGAUUGUCCUUUUAUCCGAGGCAAGAAAUCUUGAGCUAUAUGUUAAUGGCGGCUAUGAGAAAAGUACUAGAGGAAUCAUGCUAACAUUAAACAAAGAGAGGAAACUGUCAGUCUUUGAAGCCCAGUUUGAUCUUUCUGCUUAUAUCGACAGUAAAUCAAAUGCAACAAUAAAAUUUUUGUCUCAUUCGUGUAAAGACCACAUGAAACUUAAAGCCGUUGUGAUUAAGGUUGAGAAGUGCAAACCAAUCGCAUCUAUUCAGGACGAUCAGUUAGGCGGAGCAGUUAAUCUGUCCAGUGUUAAACGCUAUCUUGGUUCAGUGGGCAGACCACUUAGCGAUGACGCACAAAAGAUGCUGCAGUCGAUAGAAAAUUACCAAAAGAGUCCAGCUUUCAAAGCGCAGCAAAUGCUUUCAUCACAGGCAGCACUAUUACAGAAUAUCUCACAGGCAAGGCCGGGAACUGAGCUCGCUAGGGACACUGCGACAUUACCUGAACAAGAUGAAAAAGAGGUUUCAGACGAAGUAAAAGCAAGGCUUGAGACUUCCCAGCCAGAGCAAGACGAACCUUUUAUGAACAUGCUUUCGGAGAUGGGCCUCAAGGACAAACUUAACAGCGAGCAAAAAACUUCAAUGACUCAGGACGCAUCCUCGAGACCGCAAGCACGUUGGGCAGCGUAUCUUCAGUCACGCGUGCGCGCAAGUCAGAGCAUGUCACCGAAGUCAUCAGCCGAGGUACCGAGGUCGAUGUCGUUUGACGGACACGAGGGAGUAAGGGAGGACACGCGAGAGACUGGAAUCAGACAACGUCACAGUUCCGAUAGCUGUGUUGGCGAGAAAGGACGGGAUCGGAGUUUUAAUCCUGAGAACUCCGCCAAAAAUGGUUAGAAGAGGGAGGGCACAGCCCAAGGUGCGAAACGUGCGGAUGUCCCGGAUGUAUCUCGGUGUUCAACUCAAUAUCAGCGAAUAUUUUUGCGGCAGAAAAGCGAAUACUGGAAAAA